CCCAGCUGUAUAAGUCCCUGAUCAAGCUGUCCUUGCAUCAAAGGACAGCUCAGGGGACACGGAGCAGGAUGGCUCACGGCAUCUUGGGGCUCAUGCGGCCCUUGCGGAGCCGACUGAACGCGAGCAAAAUCCGCCUAGUUCUUCUCUGUGGUGUGACUGAGCAGCACCACAGCCCAGCAAAGUGGUCAGAAAGAGGCUUCAGCUCCACACAGGAUGGCCCUGGGGAAUCAAGCUCUGAGGAUCAGGUGACAGUGCAUUUCAUAAAUCGGGAUGGAGAGCGACUUACGACCACAGCCAAAGAAGGGCAGAGCUUGCUGGAAGUGGUAGUCAAUCACAACCUGGCCAUUGAUGGAUUUGGUGCCUGUGAAGGGACGUUAGCCUGCUCUACCUGUCACCUCAUCUUUGACAAGGACACCUUCCAAAAGCUUGGUGCCAUCUCAGAUGAAGAGCUAGACAUGCUGGACUUGGCGUACGGGCUCACUGACACAUCACGCCUUGGCUGCCAGGUGUGUGUGAAGAAGUCAAUGGAUGGUGUGACAGUGAGGGUCCCCAUGGAUGUGUCGGACAUCAGGAAGCAGCUGGAUGUUGGAAAGCAAAGCAAACAGUAACUGGAAAUGACUGCUACUCAACUCACAUCCUCGUUUAGUCGUGGCAGGGUACUUAGCUUUUGGUUGACACUAUUGCUUUUUGUGGCUGGCUUGCAGUAGGCCAUAAAGGUCUGAUUCAGUAUAAAAGGCGUGUUUGGCAAAUCUCGUAUUUAAACAAGGCAUCAUGCUUAAUAGGGUCUUUGGUGUGUAUUUUAAGCGCUUAAAUGCUCUGCUGAAUGCAACUGGAUUAAAGUGUAUGGCUUUAUAUUUCCCUGGGUGGGUGUCAGCAAAUAUCUUUGCUGUAUGUGA